ACAUAAGUCCACGUGUUGUUAGAGAAGGGAGGUCUUAUAGAGCCAAGUACCAACUCUUGUAAACAAACAUGACCGCCAUCAUUCUGGCUGCGAAGUGAACUGCAAUGAAAAGAAAAAAGAAGCAGAUACCUGCGCCAGUGCUCAUGGUGAUCGUAUUUGCGUUUACUUUAGGAGCUGCCCAAGUAAUCAUGCAUGUAAAAGAAACUGUGUAUGCAGAUCAAGGAUCUACAGCAACAUUGUACUGCAAAAUAGAAACCAAUGAAAGUCUGACUCAACUCACAUGGCAAAGGAAAAACUUACCUGACAACGAGAACAUUCUUACUUACCAAUAUGGUAAAAAACCUGACUAUAUAUCUCCUCUUGCACAACGAGUAACAAUUUUAGGCAGUGAAGCUGCAGACGGCAGCAUAAGUAUAAAUAAUGUCACAUUAGAUGAAGAUGGAACCUUUAUCUGUGUCUAUACUACAUUUCCAUCCGGGGUAAAGGAAAAGGAGAUACACCUAAUAAUUCGAGUUCUUGCUGUAGUCACACUAAAGCUACCCCUAGUUGUAUCACAAAGUAAUCCUGUCUCUGUGGCUGUAUGUGAAGCAUCUGUUGCCAAACCAGCUGCGGUAAUUCAGUGGACAGCAGAAGGUAUGGAGUUUACGUCAAGAAUAACCGAAACCAAGCAUUAUAACAAAACCGUAACAACACAGAGCCAGCUAUGGGUGGUGCCAUCUCCAGAUAUUUAUGGCAAAAAUAUAUCUUGUACCGUGUCUCAAUCUAAUAUGGAGCCAGAUCAGAUGGAAAAUGCCUCUCUAACAAAUAUCCAAUAUCCUCCUCAGGAUGUGGAUAUCAAAGUACAUUUCAGCCGUGAUGAGAAGUUGCAACUUGAAUGUCAAGCAGACUCCAUCCCUCCACCUACUUACACAUGGAAAAGAAAAUGGGAAAACAACUCCAUUUCCUAUUACCGACUUCUGGGGACUUCAACAAAUCUGGAUUUGUUAAUGAAAGAUGUCAAUGGUGUAUAUAUUUGUGAUGCAACAAAUAUUAUUGGGAAAUAUUCGCACUCUUUCUACAUUUACAAAGUUUUAUUGAAGAUCUUGAGUGGCAGCCUGGAAUGUGAGCCUAUCAAAAUACCUUUGGGCCUCAUGUACAAAAAAUCAUUUGGUUUGCAUCUCAAGAAUCAAAUCAAUUCGCUAUAGCUUGUGCACAGUGGAAAACAAAUUCACGUCAAAUUCAUUAUGACGAGCAACGGAAGAUUGAUAACCUUGAAGCAAUGCUAGGUUUGAAUAUGCUAUGUUACUAAAUCGUCUACCCUAUUGCAUAGCACCGUCUUUCCCCAUAUGAUCAGAAAGGUUUAAAAGGAAAGAGCAAAUGUAUAAGAAGUUUUCCUUGAACUGAGUUGUAACUAUUUUCCUCCAGUCUGCAUUUUACUGAAACUGAGCUUAUCUAUAGAAUUAUGACUUCAACAUCUUCUAAACCACAUUAAGUCAAAACGAAGAGUGAUCGUAGUGUACAGUUUUUUGUUUAAACGACCCACUUGAACAUUUAAAAAAUUGAUUUUCAAAGUCAGACUUUAAUCACAGUGAAACAAACUCAGAUCCCCUAGACACAUUUAAUGCCUUUUGUUUAGGGUUACUCUACAGCUACUGUUCACAUGACUUUUGUCAUUAAGAACCUUCUAGCCUUUUAUUAAUAAAAAUUAACAAAAAGGAAAAUAAAAAUAGAUUUUUCCAUAA